AUGGACUCAUGGCACCCUCUCCAAACCACCAAUUGCUUGCCUCACUCUCAUACGACUCCGAUUCUUUCUGCAUGGCAGUUGUACCGCACGUGGGUACCCAUUUUCAGAGGCAGGACGGCCGAGGAGAGGGUGCAGGCGGCGACGCAAGUCGUGGCGGUUCUCCAGACGCUGGAACAGGCGUUCAAGAAGUGCUCCAAGGGGAAGCCGUUCUUCGGAGGGGACAGCUUGGGGCUCAUGGACGUCGUGCUCGGCGGCCACCUUGGAUGGCUGUACUCCACCGAGGCCAUCUGUGGGGUGAAGGUCGUCGACGCCACCAAGACGCCGCUGCUAGCUGGUGGCGUGGGCACAGCGGUUCUGCGCGCUGGACGCUGUGAAGGGGCUGAUUCCGGACGUGGACAGGCUUGUGGAGUAUAA